CUAGCCAAUGAGAAAGCAGUUCGACCUUUCGGCAGUUAUGCCCUGAUUGCCUGUAGGGCACGACCGCCUUGCCUAGGAUUAUCACUCGCUAAUAGGCUUCUUGAACUUUAAUGACACGUUUUACCAUAUAUGGAAUACGUUGCCAUGCCAACCGAACAGUUUCAACUAUUAUGUCAUAGUUCAGAAUAGCUGAGGUUCAGCCACACGCUCACGCACCCGCGACGUGGCACAACCUGACUCCGGUAGUCGACUUGUCCGCGACCAAAGACGAGCGCCCAGAUCACGCAGGUUCACGCGCAGUUGCUCCGGGCUGCUCUGUCGGUUUCCCUGUGGCAGAGGGUUUGUUGAUGUGAAGCCCGAGCGGGGCAGCCCCAGUUGCCCGCCUGGCUCGGUCCUGUUAGGACUGCUGGUGCUUAGACUUUAACGUACAUGUGUGAGCAGGGCGGAGGCUUGUGUCACACUAUCAAGUCCUCACGCUUCAACAACUCACCCCGGUUAUUGCCGAUUUCGUACCUCAACUUGCGGUGUUGCUUAGCUACUAGAAGAGCGUGAGCAGUGAAACCGAGAACUAAGACUGAACUGUUCACGAUGGCCCUGGCCGUAACACCUUGGCGGGAUCCAACACCGACCGCUGGAACUACAGCAUCGGAGGCAGAUCUGGCUACCCAGACGGUUGCUCAGAACGGGACCGGAGGUGCCCCACCUCCACCCCAACCAAGUACACCUUCCCAGAGCGCUGAUAAAAAUGUGCAGCACACAGAAUGUGUAGUGUGUGGAGAUAAGAGUAGUGGCAAGCACUACGGACAGUUCACGUGCGAAGGUUGCAAGUCUUUUUUCAAACGGAGUGUCCGGCGGAACCUGACUUACACAUGCCGUGGGAACAGGAACUGUCCCAUUGACCAACAUCACCGAAACCAGUGCCAAUACUGCCGUCUGAAGAAGUGUCUGAAGAUGGGCAUGCGCAGGGAGGGUAGGUGCCCAGCUGUUCAGCGGGGCAGACUACCACCGACUCAGCAUGCCCUUCCCGGGCAGAUGGCCCUUGCCAACGGGGACACCCUAAACGGUCACUCGUACCUUUCCAGUUUCAUCUCGCUACUCCUCCGAGCAGAGCCCUAUCCGCCAUCUCGGUACGCCCAGUGUAUGCAACCCAAUAACAUAAUGGGAAUUGAUAAUAUCUGUGAGCUGGCAGCUCGUUUACUGUUUAGUGCUGUCGAAUGGGCAAGAAAUAUCCCGUUCUUUCCAGACCUUCAAGUGACGGACCAGGUGGCUCUUCUCCGGCUCGUGUGGAGCGAACUUUUUGUGUUGAAUGCAUCUCAGUGCUCCAUGCCCCUACACGUGGCGCCCCUGUUGGCGGCCGCCGGACUUCACGCAUCACCUAUGGCGGCCGAUCGUGUGGUUGCGUUUAUGGAGCACAUUCGAAUAUUUCAAGAACAAGUUGAAAAAUUGAAGGUUCUACACGUGGAUGCUGCAGAGUACAGCUGUCUUAAGGCAAUAGUACUCUUUACAACUGGUAUGUAAAAUACUGACGUAGUCGAU